UCCAAACAGAAAUGGAGUAAGCAUCUUGAUCAACAAGAGCCUCAAAUAUGGAGUGGUAGAAGUCAAGAGAUGUGGGGACCGGAUUAUCCUGGUUAAGCUGGUAGUUGGGGACUUAGUUCUCAAUGUUAUUAGCCUUAUGCCCCGCAAAUAGACCACAAUGAGAACGGCAAGAGGGAGUUCCGGGAAGGCCUAGACGACAUGGUUAGGGGUGUACCCAGUGGCGAAAAGCUCUUCAUAGGAGGAGACCUUAAUGACCACGUGGGUACAUCUAACAUAGGUUUUGAAGGGGUGCAUGGGGGCUUUGACUAUGGCAUCAGGAAUCAAGAAGGGGAAGAUGUCCUAAGCUUUGCUCUAGCGUAUGACAUGAUCGUAGUUAACACCCUCUUUAAAAAGAGAGAAUCACAUCUAGUGACUUUUAGUAGUGGCCACCACAAUAGCCAUAUUGAAUUCAUCCUCUCAAGGAGAGAAGACAUGAGUGCGUGCCUAGAUUGUAAGGUGAUACCUGGAGAGAGUGUUGUCCAUCAACAUAAGAUUGUGGUGGCUGACUUCCGCUUUCGACUUUGUGUCCAGCGGGAUAAGCGUGCGAAAGUCGCUAGAACGAAGUGGUGGAAGCUCAAGGGGGAGGUAGCUCAGACGUUCAAGGAGAGGGUCAUUAAGGAGGGCCCUUUGGAGGAAGGAGGUGACGAUGCGGACAAUAUGUGGAUGAAGAUGGCGACCUGUAUUCGUAAGGUGGCCUCAGAGGAGUUUGGAGUGUCCAGGGGAAGUAGAAGCGAAGUUAGGGAUACCUGGUGGUGGAACACUGAUGUCCAGAAGGCUAUUAAGGAGAAGAAUGAUUGCUUCAGACGCGUGUACCUGGAUAGGAUUGUAGACAACAUGGAGAAGUACAAGAUGGCAAAGAAGGCCGCAAAGCAAGCUGUAAGUGAAGCAAGGGGUCAGACAUAUGAGGACCUCUACAAGCGGUUAGGCACGAAGGAAGGCGAAAAGGACAUAUAUAGGAUGGCCAAGAUCCGAGAGAGGAAGACGAGGGAUGUUGACCAAGUCAAAUGCAUCAAGGAUGGAGCAGACCAACUUCUAGUGAAGGACAAGGAGAUUAAGCAUAGAUGACAGGAGUACUUCGACGGGCUGUUCAAUGGGGAGACUGAGAGCUCUACCAUUGAACUGGACAAAUCCUUUGAUGAUACAAGUAGGCGUUUUGUGCGGCGAAUCCAGGAGUCUGAGGUCAAGGAGGCGUUGAGAAGGAUGAAGGGAGGCAAGGCAAUGGGCCCUGAUUGUAUCCCCAUUGAGGUGUGGAGAGGCCUCGGAGACAUAGCGAUAGUAUGGCUAACUAAGCUCUUCAACUCCAUUUUUCGGGCAAAAGAUGCCAAAAGAAUGGAGACGCAGUAUAUUAGUACCAAUCUUCAAGAACAAAGGGGAUGUUCAGAAUUGUACUAACUACCGUGGAAUUAAGCUUAUGAGCCAUACAAUGAAGCUAUGGGAGAGAGUCAUUGAGCACCGUUUAAGACGAAUGACAAACGUGACCAAAAAUCAGUUUGGUUUCAUGGCUGGGAGGUCGACCAUGGAAGCCAUCUUCUUGGUACGACAACUCAUGGAGAGAUACAAGGAGCAAAAGAAGGACCUGCAUAUGGUGUUCAUUGACUUGGAGAAGGCCUACGAUAAGAUACCGCGACAUAUCAUGUGGUGGGCCUUGGAGAAACACAAAGUCCUAGCAAAGUACAUUACCCUCAUCAAGGACAUGUACGAUAAUGUUGUGACAAGUGUUCGAACAGGAGAUGGCGAUACCGGUGACUUCUCGAUUAAAAUAGGACUACACCAGGGGUCAGCUUUGAGCCCUUAUCUAUUUGAUUUGGUUAUGGAUGAGGUCACAAGGGAUAUACAAGGAGAUAUCCCAUGGUGUAUCUCUUUGCGGAUGAUGUGGUCCUAAUCGAUGAUAGUCGAACGGGGGUCAAUCGGAAGUUAGAACUAUGGAGACAAACAUUGGAAUUGAAAGGUUUUAGACUUAGUAGAACUAAAACCGAGUACAUGAUGUGCGGUUUUAGUACUACUAGGCACGAGGAGGAGGAGGAGGUUAACCUGGAUGGGCAGGUGGUGCCUCAGAAGGACACCUUUCGAUACUUGGGGUCAAUCCUGCACAAGGAUGAGGAUAUCGAUGAAGAUGUGAACCACCGGAUCAAAGCCGGAUGGAUGAAGUGACGCCAAGCUUCUGGCAUUGUUUGUGAUAAAAGAGUGCCACAAAAGCUAAAAGGCAAGUUCUAUAGGACGGCGGUUCGACCCGCAAUGUUGUAUGGUGCUGAGUGUUGGCCGACUAAAAGGCGUAUGUUCAACAGUUAGGUGUGGCGGAGAUGCGCAUGUUGAGAUGAAUGUGUGGCCACACGAGGAAGGACCGAGUCCGGAAUGAUGAUAUAGAGAGAGUUGGGGUAGCACCGAUAGAGAAACUUGUCCAACAUCGUCUAAGAUGGUUUGAGCAUAUUCAGCGCAGACCUCCUGAAGCUCCAGUGCAUACUGGACGGCUUAAGCGUGCGGAUAAUGUCAAGAGAGGACGUGGUAGAUCAAACUUGACAUAGAAGGAGUCCGUAAAGAGAGAUCUGAAGUACCGGAGUAUCACCAAAGAACUAGCCAUGGAAAGAGCCGCGUGGAAGCCUGCUAGAAUCAUGAGUUGGUUACGAGAUCUUAUGGGUUUCACCUCUAGCCUACCCCUACUUGUUUGGAAUAAAGGCUUUGUUAUUGUUGUUGUAGUGACAAGUUUUUGAAACUCGUGGAACUAAUCCAACUUAUUUCACUCCAAGAUGACCACGUUUUGUUGUGUUCCAAAAGCAUAUAGAAAUCAAACAUCACGGUAAUGUGUACUGUAAAUAUGCAUCUAUCAAAUAUUUUGCUGCGGUACAUGUACAUAAGUAAACAUACCUAAUCUAUAAUAUCUAUAAAGUUUAUCCCCACUAAGAUGCAUUUAAUGUUUGCAAGCUAAAAUAUGGUGCAGCCACAUCACCCUUAUUAUUUUUAUCCAUUGGAUUUUAAAUCUAUGGUCUUUAGUUAUCCGGGAUUGCAACCACAAUCCAUAGCGCUGGCCAACUAUUCUCUCAUGCGGCCAAGCACAAUCUCUGUGUUGCAAACUCAAGCGCUGGCCAAAUCAAUCUCUGGACCAAAAUUAAAUACCGCGUUGCAAACUCAAGCGCUAGACUGUGUCUCCUCCGCUCCUCUCCCCACCAUGUCUUUACAAAUCCUUUCAACCGAUCUGUGAUUGUGAGAGAGAAACAAUCUAACAUCGUGCAGCCGUUUCCCCAUAAAAAGAAUCCCCGAUGGCAACAACUUAGUCCCGCGACGGCGGCAAGCCGCGGAUGGUCGAGGAUGAUGGUUCUUCUCCACAAUAUUGGUCCCCUUUGCAUGAUCUAUCUCUCUUUCUCCAAGUCUGCGUGUGUGCCAUAUUGUGUGCAGAUUCUUCUACUGUCAGAUUUCUUUCCUUUCAUUAGAUUGUGCCCUCUAAUUUCUCCUCUUUAUCAGGGUUGGUGUUGGAGCAAUUCUAUUUUGGCCUGCAGCCAUGAGUUGUUCCCCGAUUAGUAUUGUAGUUAUUUGAUUAUAUUGCAGCCAUGGCCUAUCCCCACUGAGGUCGAGGAGGAACAACACGCCUGCACCAUGAUAACCAUUAUGUGGAUCUGAACAGGGCAGGUUCCACAUCCGAUCUAUUCACCUUCUUCCAUUUCUUUGUUCUUGCUUUGGCUUUGUUGUUCAAACAUAUGAUUCCAUCGUUUAUUUUUGUUCCAAAAAAUGUGUGUAUGGUAUGAUUUUUCUACUACAGGAAGUAGAGAAUAGGGACCAUGAUGGAUGAACUCAUAUUUCUGGAUUUCUUGAACUACGGACAGGUUUGUGCAAAAUACAGUCUGUUCUUGGCCAAAAUAUGUGUGAGCACAGCUGGUAUUUUUGUAUAGCCAAUCUCUGUUGUAGUUCACUUUCAGAUAUUCUUCCAGGUAGUUUCUUUGUACAGUAUACUCGAGUAAGAUUUACACUAAUUCGUAUCAGCCAUGAGUUGUUUCCCGAUUGGUAUUGUAGUUAUUUGAUUAUAUUGCAGCCAUGGCCUAUCCCCACUGAGGUCGAGGAGGAACAACACGCCUGCACCAUGAUAACGAUUCUGUGGAUCUGAACACGGCAGGUUCCACAUGCGAUCUAUUCACCUUCUUUCAUUUCUUUGUUCUUGCUUUGGCUUUGUUGUUCAAGCAUAUGAUUCCAUCGUUUAUUUUUGUUCCAAAAAAUGUGUGUAUGGUGUGAUUUUUCUACUACAGGAAGUAGAGAGUAGGGACCAUGAUGGAUGAACUCAUAUUUCUGAAUUUCUUGAACUAUGGACAGAUUUGCGCAUAAUACAGUCUGUUCUUGGCCAAAAUAUGUGUGAGCACCGCUGGUAUUUUUGUAUAGCUAAUCUCUGCUGUAGUUCACUUUCAGAUAUUCUUGCAGGUGCCUCACAAGUCCCAGGUAGUUUCUUUGUACAGUAUACUCGAGUAAGAUUAACACUAAUUCGUAUCUUUUUAUUUACUAACCAAUAUGAAUUAGUAGCCACCUUUCAAAUUGAUUUUAAAUUUGCAAAUCAUCUUUAUGUAUUUUAGGACACAAACUUCAUAAUGAUAACGUGCUAAUUGUAAUUUAAGUGGUGUUCUCCAUUUGCCAAUUUGGCAUGUGCCCUUCUGUAUGAGUUAAAUCUUUUUAGUAUUUGCCAAUUCACUUUUCCAUGCAUGCUCCUUCAUAUCAGUUGGUCGCUAUCGAUUGGUGAUGCAUUCAAAUCAGCAAGUCGUUGUCUAUUGGAGAUGCAAACACUAGGUUCUUUCAAAUCAGUAAGCUGUGGUACAUCUUUUUCGAGCAAUCUAUAACAGUUUCUGAUAACAGAACAAAUUAGUUCUUUGCAUAGCACGACACAAGGAAUCAUGGCAUUUUAUCUUGAUUCGUUUUCUUUCUUAGGUAUCUUACAUGUGCCCAAAAUACAUCGUCCAACCUUCUCUACAAUAAAUCGUGAUUUUGUUUGGAGCUUUCUCUGAUUAUAUUUGUCUGAUGAAUAUGUUCCUAAAUUUUUUUUUUGUCUGAUGAAUACACACAGCACAAGGUGUAGCAGCGCCUUUAUUGUGUGCUCGCCUCAAGUCUUGCCAUAUGAAGUAACUGUGUAUAUUUUAUUCACAACAUAUUCGAACCAAAUCAGUCCAUGUGACUCCAAAUUUACAGAUUACCAGGCCUCAAGUACCACAUGUGACUAACUAAAAGAUGGUUCACACUGCCCUGCAUGGCUGCAUCUCUUAUUCAAAGAACGAUUUUCUUCAUAUCUAUGUAAAUGCUCCAACCAGUGAUUGGUCCAUAGACACACAACUGUAUUCACCCACAAUAUAUCUAUCAUCAUGUAUCAGCCA